AUGGAUGAGUUGAUGGACCUUGAGCUAGAUGAUACUGCUUUAGGAGGCCAGGGCCAAAAAGUGUUUGCCGCAUGCCAUGCCUGCACUUGUAACCCUAUGAAUAAGCCACAUUACCCCGGUGAUUGGAUUCCGAGGAACUGUGCCUAUAGCGGCCAACACGACAACCCCAGUAAAGCACAAGUCCAAGGCCCCCUUAGCGUGAGAGGAGCAUCAAUGCUUAACGGAGGUCUUCUUGUGCUUAAUCCAUCAGAGGAGAUAUACAAUGCCAUUCUCUGUCAGCUUGAGGAUCCUACAGCAACCAGGCAAUAUGCUUUUGCGGACCAGUUGUUGCUUUCGGACAUUUACCAUAAUCGCUGGGCUCCUCUUCCGUAUAUAUACAAUGCCCUGAAACCCAUGAGGUGGCCAGGUGUCCAUUCACAAAUUUGGAAGGAUAAUAAAGUGAAAAACGUGCAUUAUAUACUAAGCUCAAAACCCUGGGACGAAGAAGACAUGGGAAGUUGGGGAAAAGAGCAGAACAAAGAAGACCCUGUGGUAGAUGAAACCCAUGAUUGGUGGUGGAAAAUUAACAAUGAGCGACUGGCCACAGAAAGGGCAAAUGGAGUAGUCAGAGAUGGUUUUUGA